CAGUCCAGUCUGAGCAGAGCGACCAGGCAGGGCGCAGCAUCAGACACAUUGAGGGAACUGCAACUACAGGAAGAGGCGCUAGGAGGCCCGAGCAAAGCAGCUGAAAAGCCUCAACCCAGAGGAGCGGUGCCUGUGGAUGGACAGUGCAGGCCGCCAUGACGUCACAGGAGCUUGUGGAUGCGAGAGGCUCUGCAGCUGGAGUAGAAGGUGGUGCUGCACCCAGCAACGGUAAAAUCUGUCCUGUCCACACACCUGGUGGAGAAGAUGCAAAGAGGGGCUUUAGGAAAGGCAUAGGGAGGCAUAAUGACUAUGUAAAGAUUUCCGUGCCAGAGUCCAAAGUCAACCGUCUGCCCAUGGAGUGGUGGAAGACAGCGAUAGUCUUCUUCUACGCCGGCUUUAACUUGGUCCUGACAACAGUCGUCAUCACUGUGGUCCACGAGAGGGUCCCGCCCAAAGAAAGCAGCCCGCCCCUUCCUGAUAAGUUUUUUGACUAUAUUGACAGGGUCAAAUGGGCUUUUACAGUGACGGAGAUCAACGGCAUGGUGCUGUUGGGUAUUUGGAUGGUACAGUUAUUCUUCUUCAGAUACAGGUCCAUAGCAUGCAGGCGGUUCUUCUUCCUCAUCGGCACUCUGUAUUUGUACCGCUGUGUCACCAUGUACAUCACCACCCUGCCUGUGCCUGGCAUGCACAUGACUUGUGCUCCUAAGCUCCACGGAGACUCUCACGCUAAAAUGCAGCGAAUCCUGCAGCUGAUUUCGGGCGGGGGUCUGUCCAUCACAAACUCCCACCUCCUGUGUGGAGACUUCCUGUACAGCGGACACACUGUGAUGCUCACGCUCACCUACCUUUUCAUCAAGGAGUACUCGCCGCGGUCGUUCUGGUGGUACCAUCUGAUGUGCUGGCUGCUGAGUGCCGUGGGUGUGGUGUGCAUCUUGGUGGCACAUGAGCACUACAGUGUGGAUGUGGUCGUGGCGUAUUUUAUCACCUCCCGCCUCUUCUGGUGGUACCACACCAUGGCCAACUUACAGACUCUGAAAUGCUCGCCCAACAACUACCUCACCAACACCUGGUGGAACCCAUUGUUCAACUUCAUGGAGAGGAACGUCCAGACCUCGGUGCCGUGCUCCUACAGUUGGCCCUUCACCUGGCCGCCCGCCUGCCUUAAGAACCCCUGCAAGAAGUACUCCAUGGUACAGAGCACACGAGAGGAGUGACACGACCCCGAUGCCCCUGUCUACUGGACAGGAACAUUAUGAUACCAAAUGCAUAGCUAUGAAAGAAAUGUUUCUGCAAAAAUGAAGGAUAAUCAUAUUGUCUCUAUGUGUUCUUUAUAUUAUGUAAUUUAUUUAUGAGUCCUGCAAAGUCCUUUUUGUUUUUGUAACUGAUUAAUGUGUCAGCUUGCAGGUUUGUUGCAGUAUUUGCAAGACUUAAUUUUAGAUGCUACCAUAAUUUUUUUCAUACUGUAUGUGUUGACGGGGUUUACCUCAAUAUGAUAUCAAUGUGCUCGAGUCACAAGGUGCCUUAGUGUAUUUAAAGUCAGUAGGUGAACUGUCAUUACAAGUCUCGGUGUAUAUGUUUUUGUUCUAUUAGUAUUUUAUUAUUAAUAUUCAUUUUAUAUUAAUUUUAGUAUAGCCUUGAGUGUGUCUAUCCUAGUUGUAGUCUAAACAUCGUGCUAUUGUAUUAAAGUUUAACCAUUCUAAGACGCCAGUGUGUUUUUUGAUUUAUUGAAAUAUUCAGUGAAAGCCAUCAUUAUGAUGUAUAAUGCAAGUGUAUGCUUUAGACAUAUUUUUAUAUUUAAUUGGUCUCUUCAGUCUUGCAAAAUUCCUCACAAAUCACAGGAAAUAUUUAGUUACUAAUUAAUAAUACCUGUCAUACAAGAAAAUCAAGUCAUAAGCUUAUAUGUGUGUUAAAGUGGUAUUACCAUUACUAUUUAGGACAGUAAUGCACUGUAUACACUAUAGCUCUAACUUUAUUUUACAGACUAUUACAACUUAUCAUAAAACACAGCAUUACAUCUAUUGCAAAAUU